UAGUGAUAUUUGCAGAGUGCACUGAAUUUUUUAUCCUGCCUAGAUUCAAUCGAACAAUAAUCCAAUACAAAUUUCGCCCAAUCACACCACAAAUCAAGGGCUCGAAUCGCUGGAUGACUUCUAAAAUUGAAGGAAUUCUGAUUUUGAACCUUGUCGUUCUUGGUUGUUGAAACCCCUCAUCACCAAUGGCGGAAGUCUACUUCUCCUUCUUCUCUCUCCUCCUACUCAUCCCACUCUCUGUCCUACUCAUCCUCUACCUCAUCGUCCGCCCCAAGGCCGUCCGCGUCCCGAUUAAGAACCGCCACGUCUUCAUCACCGGCGGCUCCAGCGGCAUCGGCCUAGCCCUAGCGCACCUCUGCGCCCAGAACGGCGCCGACGUCUCCCUCCUCGCGCGCAACCCCGCCCGCCUCGAAGAGGCGCAGAAAUCCAUCAAGCUCGCCACCGGCCGCGACGUCAGGGUCUUCAGCGCCGACGUCAGGGACUACGACGCCGUCAAGCGCGCGGUGGAGGAUGCCGGCCCGAUCGACGUGCUCGUGUGCAAUCACGGGGUUUACGUGCCGCAGGAAUUGGAGGAGCAGGAACUGGAGGAGAUUAAGUUCAUGAUCGAUGUGAAUCUCACGGGGACUUUUCAUUUGAUCAAGGCCGCUUUGCCCGGGAUGAAGAAGAAUCGGGCUGAGAAAGGCCCCGGUUCCAUUGCGAUUAUGUCGUCGCAGGCAGGCCAGGUUGGAAUUUACGGAUACACAGCUUAUUCUGCGAGUAAGUUUGGCCUCAAGGGUUUGGCUGAAGCGCUGCAACACGAGGUUAUAGCUGACAACAUUCAUCUCAGCCUAAUUUUUCCUCCGGACACUGAAACUCCUGGUUUUGCAGAAGAGAACAAGAGACGUCCCCAGCUGACUAGUAUAAUAGCAGCUUCCUCUGGCGCAAUGAAAGCUGAUGAAGUCGCUCUAAAAUCUCUGAAAGGAAUCCAGUCGGGCACAUUCAUAGUCCCAUGCAACUUGGAAGGAUUCUUACUGGCUGUAGCAACAGCUGGUUUAUCCCCUCAGAGGUCGUGUCUGAGUGCCUUUGUGGAGGUAAUGACUGCUGGUAUUAUGCGUCUGGCCGGCUUAGUUUUUCAAUGGAAUUGGUUCAGCAGCAUUGAGAAAUGGCAUGCAAAAAAGUAGUAGUUGGUUACUUGGAUCUACUCUGUGCCCACGAAGAAGUAUCUUGGCAGCGAAAAACUCGAGUUUUGAGAUAGUGAAAGUGUUAUGGCUUGCUGCAGUUGUCUCACUAUGCCUCCGUUUAUACUUGAACCGCUGUCGCUGUGCACCUCCUGUGUGUUUGUAUCAGUUGAAAAUCUUUCUAACUUGUUAUGGUAGGAUGACCUGGUUGUAUUUGCCGAAAGAAAAGGCAAAUAAGUAAGUGUUUUAUUUCCAGAAUGUAACUAACCGUGAUAUUUUCAGCGAAUCCUUUUUCGGGUUA